AUGCUUCAUGGCUUCUUGCCUUUGCUCGUGGAUACUGCCAAGGAGAGGAACACUUUGGUUGAUGUUGUUAACGUAACCUCAAUCGGUGCCCACGUUAUCAUCCCAGGGGCAUCGGCGUACCAGACUUCCAAGUUUGCAAUGCUGAGGUUGACGGAGUUUGUGCAGGUAGAGUAUGGCGAUAAGGGCGUCACUUGUGUUGCAGUACAUCCUGGGGGUGUGUUGACUAGAAUGUCGGCUGGGAUUGAUGUCAUUCGAUCGACGCUGACUGAUACGCCGGAUAUGUGUGGAGGGUUUAUCGUCUGGUUCACGAAAGGGCAAAGAUCAUGGUUGAGUGGAAGGUAUCUUAGUGCUGCGUGGGAUGUUGAUGAGUUGGAGGCAAAGAGGAGUGAGAUUGUGCAAGGGGAGAAGCUUAAGAUGAGGAUGGUAGUCUAA